AUGACUAAUUCAAGUCAAGUAAAUGCUGGAACUGUAAGUGCUGCAACAAUAUCGGUUGCACACAAUCGUUCAACUGCUGCCCUAGCAUCAGCUGAAAAACCUGCAAAAUUUUCUGGAGUCGACUUCAAGAGAUGUAAUGUCAAAACUUCAAAAGAACUCUGGGAUGCUUUAGAAAAGAAGUACAAAAAAGAGGAUGCCAGAAUGAAGAAGUUCAUUGUGGCAAAGUUUCUUGACUAUAAGAUGAUAAGAAGAUUGGUUGUGAAUGAUGUUUUUCAAGUGACUGCCAUUAUUGAGAAGUUACCUCCAUUGUGGAAAGACUUCAAAAACUACUUGAAACAUAAAAACAAGGAGAUGACUAUUGAAGAUCUCAUGAAAAACCCACAAAAUCAAAGAAAAGAAAGAAAGCAUCUAGUCAGCAAUCCUCCUAAGAAGAAAUUCAAUGGAAGUUGCUUCAAUUGUGGCAAACGUGUUCAUAGGGCUACUGAAUUUCGGGGUCCCAAGAAGGACAAAAAGAAGGAUCAAGCAAAUUUGGUUGAAUCCAAAGGAAAUAUGGACGAUCUUUGUUCAAUGCUUUCAGAAUGCAACUUGGUUGGAAAUCCAAGAGAAUGGUGGAUAGAUUCUGGUGCCUCAUGCCAUGUUUGUGGCAAGAAAGAAUUGUUUUCAUCAUAUACUCCAGCACCUACAAAUGAGAAGUUGUUUAUGGCAAACUCCGUUGUUGCAAAGGUGGAAGGAACUGGCAAAGUCUUCUUAAAGAUGACAUCGGACAAGGUGGUGACUUUGAACAUGGUCUUGUAUGUUCCGGAAUUGCGAAAGAACGUAGUUUCUAUACCAGUUCUCACUAAGAACGGAUUCAAAUGUGUAUUUGUUUCUGAUAAAGUUGUACUGAGUAAGAAUGAAAUGUAUGUAGGAAAAGGUUACCUCACCGAGGGCCUCUUUAAACUCAAUGUAAUUGCAGUUGAUAUGAAUAAAAAUUCUGCUUCUUAUUACUUGUAUUAG